GUGAGUGUGUGUGUGUCCUCCUUAGUAGUCCUCUCCCCUCCCUGGUGUGCCUCAUUAUCUCUCUUGUACUGCGCUGCGCUUGGCCAUGCUACAGGAGCUUCAGUUUCCUGUACCCGACCAGACUGACAGGAAGUGCACGGGUACAGGAAACUGAAGCUCCUGUACUGCGGUCGGCUCUGCUCCGCUCAACCACGCUACACUGAGUGACUGGUGGGGGGGGAAUGCUGUGAGCUUCCUUUCUUCUGGUCACUCAAUUCUUGCGCCCCCAGAGCCAUUGCGCCCUAAGAUGGUCGCCUUAUGGACGUGCUGGGACACCGCCGCCUCUCACAAUAUUGGCAAUAACGGUAUCAAUAGUGGCCGAUACUGAUGUUUGCCAAAAUCCGUAAUAUCGGCCGAACAGAUUUAUCGGUCUAUCCCUAAUAGAAAUAAAGGCAAGUGUUAAUGGUGGGGUAUAAUUAUUAAGAUACAAGGGGCAUAGGAAAGGUUAAUUUGAAGGGAAAAUAAAGACCAUGCUGCUUUUAUUAACUUGGACCUAGAAGGAUGGAAAGCAAUCUACUAGUGGCCUAUCUAGUUAAUAUUUUAUGAACUUGCUCUGUAGGAUAUUUCUAUCCCAAAUAUAUCUGUUUUAUUUGUUCUCUACCUAAUCUGUUAAAUCUAUAUCUUGUCAUUGUAUCUGUCUUUAGCUAUUCUAUAAGGGUUAUUUAUCAAAGUGUUUUGUUCUAAAAAGUGGUGAAAAAAGGGAAAGGGGGAGGAGUCACCAAUGGAAUGUAUCAGUUUGGACCACUGGUAUCCACAGUGAUUGCCUCCCUUAUAGUGUUUUAGACCACUUUUUAGAACCGUGCGGGGGGGAAAUGACCAGUCAGAGGCCUCUCCAUGAGAAGUAUCAUUUCUGGAGUUGUGAGCUCGCGCAAUGAGCUGUAGUUUAGAAGAUCGUUGAGAAGGUAAGAAGGCAAACUGGCUGUAGCACAGCGUGCAUGCCACUUCUGUUAGCUCUGUGGAAGAAAAUCUCCCUUGUCGUCUGGGUAGCAGGGAAGUGUUUCUGUCCCUGUUUUAAAAGCUUCCUAUGUACAUUGAAAUUGGUACUUUUUAUAAAAUGUCAAAGAAUCCAAGCCCUUCAGCGAACUGGAGUGUUCCUUUAAGCUUUCUGCUGUAAUUAAUAACUCUGAGUUGUAGAGAGGAUAUUAUUAAUGUAGCAUGUGCAGCAAAGUAUCUUAAACCUAAUCUUCCUGUUCGGAGAUCUAGCUGAUUGCAGGUUAACACAUAGCUGUACAUACUUAGACCCAUAUGGAAUGUUCCCUUUCAAUAUUUGACCCUAUGCUUUUCUCUUGGCAGGGGUGCUGUUAUCAGAGUACUAGUGUUUAACGCUACAGGGGAAAGAGAUACGGCUGCUCUAAUGAAGCUUCUACAGGUAAGUUUCAUUGUUUUAGAAAACCAUGUGGCUGGAUAUGGAUAGAAUUCAGCUCUACUAGAUCUUUGCAAUAACCAUUAGCUAACCAAUUAGUCCUGUUGUACUCCUGGAUAAUGAUACUAUACCCCAUUCUAUUUACCAUGACACCUGUCAGCGGCUUUUCAAAAUUGAGAUGGUAAAAAAACAGUUAAAACCAGCACAAUACUGGGUUUUAACACCCUUAAUAAAUAAGCAAAUAACUGCCUUGAGUUGUGGUCUAAAACCGUAAAUGGUACAAGCGCACAAUUUAGUUGCUUACAUUUCUUAAGUGUUCCAGAACUCCAGAUUUAUUUUUUUUUGAUUAUUUUUUUUCAGCAUGGUUAGUUAAGUUGCUAUGUUAAUUUUAUAUUUAUUUCUUAUACUUAUUUCAAUAUAAAGAGUUGUUUAUAAAAGUGAAAAUACAAAGUCAAUUUUGAAUGAGUUCUGGUAUUUCCUGACCCAGCUAAUUAUCUGUAUUUUUCAGCCCUGCCAUUUUGAUUACGCCUUGUUCUGCCCUAAUAUCAGUGAAGUGUCUGGUGUGGACAUUGCAGGUUAGUAUCUGAAAGCUGUCCAGACCACUUUAUAUGUAUACUCCUAAAGGGAAAUAAAAUAUGUACGGGCCUAUUCACUAAGCACCAAAUUGCAAAAUUCAGGCUAAAAUAUGUGUGUUGGAGAAUUUUUCAAAUUGACUGUAGUGACCUACAUUCUGCAAUAUAGUUUCUAAAUUUACUACAAUUUGGCAUUUAGCAAAUCAAUCGCAGCGGGUUAUUACCAUUCGGUGAAUUAAUUGGAAAUCAGCCAUAAAUUUGAAGGGCAUAAGACACUGAUCAGUCAUAACAUUGAAACCACUGACAGGUGAUGUGAAAAACAUUCAUUAUAUCGUUACAAUGUCACCUGGUGGGAUAUAUUAGGCAGCAAGUGAACAGUCAGUUCUUGAAUUUCAUGUGUUGGAAGCAGGAAAAAUAGGGAAGUGAAAAGAUCUGAGUGACUUUAACCAAAGCCAAAUAGUGAUGGUUAGACGACUGGGUCAGAACAUCUCCAGAAUGGCAAGUCUUGUAGAGUGUUUCCGGUAUGCAGUGGUUUAGUAACUACCAAAAGUGGUGCAAGGAAGGACAACCAGAGAACCAUCACCUGGGUUAUGGGCUCCCAUGAUUCAUUGACGUAGGCAUCAGUGAAGACUAGCCCAUCUGGUCCAAUCACACAGAAGAGCCACCAUGGAGGCCCUACCUUGUAUCUUGCUAAUGUGCUAGAUAACACAGGACAGUCCUUGCCUUGAUGUAUCAGAGCUGUUAUGGCAGUUCGAGGGGGAGCCUACAAAAUAUUGGGCAGUUGGUUUUAAUAUUGUGACUCAUCAGUGUAAUCACUACAGCAACUUUACCUUAAUGAAGUGGUGUUGGUGUAUAGAUCAUGCUCCUGCAAUCUCCAUAGAGCAGCAUUGAGGGCUGUACUAUAUAUGCUCUGCAAUCGGUGCCAGUAGCAUUCUACUUUUUGAGAUGCACCACAAGGCUUGUCUAUUGGAACACCAGAUUGCCUUCUGCAGCAUCAAGAUACCGAACGUGAAGACUUCAGUAGGAAGUGACUGGACAAACUUAAACCAUGUAGUUUCUCACAAACUGCAAUGCUUACGUUUGUCAGACUUCUAAGAACGCAUCCACACCAAGAUCACUACGACAUUAAGCUGGAGGGAUUUUGGUAUUUACAGCGUCUCUUUAAAUCAUGGUGUAAAAUAUUGAGUUUAAUUGAGAGAGUGCAUUUGACAGAUUAUUAAGAUGCAUCCCUCAUCAGCUCUUUGUCAAUAUGUUAUUUUGUCUUCAGAUCAGCAAAAUUACAACGUGACUUUAGAGAAUAUCUUAACUCGAUGCCUGGAGAAUCAGAAGAAGUGGAACCGGCUGAUGGAAGAGCGUAGUUGCUCGGAUCAUUGGGGUUCUUCGCUGCCUGUAGAUGCCUUGAUUAAGGAAAGCCCCCGUGGGGCUCCUCUGCUCUUUAGACCUUCCUCUGAGCGCCUCCUGAACUGCAACUCACUGGUGUUUCCUUGUAUCUCUCACGCCUUGCAGUGGGCCACCCAGGGGAGAGAUCAAGACUUACCAUGCCCAGAUAUCAACCUCCUCCACCAUCAGCCUGUGGCAAGCUCUGGGUCAGUGCUAUUGAGAGAAGCUGCCCGUGUACAGAUUCUUAUUACAGGGAGUCUGCACCUUGUGGGAGGAGCCCUUAAAGUUCUCGACCAAUCAUUGUCCCAGUAACUGAGAGCGUACAGCUCACCAUACUAAUGGUAGUCCUCAAUACUUUUUUUUUUUACUUGAAAUGCAAGACUUUUGCCACCCUGGGCUUGUCUUAAAUUUAAUUGUUUGUCUGCCAGAGAAUCUUACAACACAUCUUUAGUUUCUUGCUUUCUUUUUGUUUUUUUCUUUGGACAUGAUGUGGUGUUAAAAGUCUCAAAACCUGAGAUCUUUUGGGGUCUAUGAUGCAUUUGCCUAUAUAUAAUUUUUGUUUGUGUUUCUUUUUUUUUUUUUUAACCAUCUCUUUGAAAUGACAGUCAUUCUGCUCAUCUAACGAUAGAUCUUGCUUGUACAUAGGUUCUUAAAAUCUAGGUCCUGCCAUUUGUAAAUUUAAUUAAUUUUUAUUUCAUUAAUGAAACAUAUAUUUAUUUUUUAUUUUUUAUUUUUAUAGGACUAACCUAUGUAUUGCUAACAUCUGACCUUGUCUAUACCUCAAAUAUUUCAAUUUUUCCAGUUGAUAAAGGAAUGCGGGUCUCUCAACUCAUUAGGGGGUCUCUCAACUCAUUAGGAGCGAACGUAUGGUGCUCAGAGUACACCUGCUUUCCUUAUACUUGUGACCAUACCAUGUGCAUGUACAGGCUGCAAUGCUUAUUCAUGCUGACAUUUUCUAUGAGAAGCAUUUGUUUUUUAGUAAAUUUAAAGACUGUUACGUUUUUUCUUUGUGUUUUUUUUGUGUUUUUUUUUUUUUCUUUCAAAAAACCUUGGGCUGGAUUUAGUAAUUAAAUGUUUGGUCUAUAAA